AUGUUUUCUCACUACAUAGUCAUUCUUUUUUCUUUCUUUUCACAUAUCCGUUUUCUUUUUCUUUCUUUCUUUCUUUCUUUCUUUCUUUCCAUAUAUCCACUUUUUUUUUCCUUCUUUCUUUCACAUAUCUAUUUUUUUUUUUUUCUUUUUUCUUUUUUUCUUUCCAUAUAUCCACUUUUUUUUCCUUCUUUCUUUCCACAUAUCCGUUUUCUUUUUCUUUCUUUCUUUCUUUCUUUCCAUAUAUCCACUUUUUCCUUCUUUCUUUCCACAUAUCCGUUUUCUUUUUCUUUCUUUCUUUCUUUCUUUCUUUCUUUCCAUAUAUCCACUUUUUCCUUCUUUCUUUCCACAUAUCUAUUUUCAUUUUCUUUCUUUCUUUCUUUCUUUCCAUAUAUCCACUUUUUCCUUCUUUCUUUCCACAUAUCCGUUUUCUUUUUCUUUCUUUCUUUCUUUCUUUCCAUAUAUCCACUUUUUUUUCCUUCUUUCUUUCCACAUAUCCGUUUUUUUUCUUUCUUUCUUUCUUUCUUUCUUUCUUUCCAUAUAUCCACUUUUUUUUCCUUCUUUUUUUCCACAUAUCUAUUUUCAUUUUCUUUCUUUCUUUCUUUCUUUCCAUAUAUCCACUUUUUCCUUCUUUCUUUCCACAUAUCCGUUUUCUUUUUCUUUCUUUCUUUCUUUCUUUCUUUCCAUAUAUCCACUUUUUCCUUCUUUCUUUCCACAUAUCCGUUUUCUUUUUCUUUCUUUCUUUCUUUCUUUCUUUCUUUCUUUCUUUCCAUAUAUCCACUUUUUCCUUUUUUCUUUCCACAUAUCUAUUUCAUUUUCUUUUCUUUCUUUCUUUCUUAG